GCAAAUUACUAAUGUGUGAUGUUGCUGACAGGUUUCUUUUGCAGAAAGAAGAAAGAUGGAAAGUAAUGCAGUUUUACUGGAAUCCAAGUCCUCUCCUAUCAACCUUCUGAACGAAAUGCAUCAGCUGCGUCUCCUCGGCCAUCUCUGUGAUGUGACAGUUAGUGUGGAGUACCAAGGCGUCAGGGCAGAAUUUGUUGCUCACAAAGCUGUAUUGGCAGCAACGAGCAAAUUUUUUAAGGAGAUGUUUCUGAAUGAGAAGAGCAUGGAUGGCCCAAGAACCAAUGUGUUCUUGAACGAGGUCCAGGUUGCUGAUUUUGCUUCAUUCCUUGAGUUUGUCUAUACUGCUAAGGUAGAAGUGGAGGAAGACAGAGUGCAGCGUAUGCUGGAAAUAGCUGAAAAGCUGAAGUGCUUGGACCUCUCAGAAACCUGCUUCCAGUUAAAGAAGCAGAUGCUUGAAUCGGUGCUGCUGGAGUUGCAAAACUUCUCUGAAUCACAGAACUCUGAGGAAGAGAGUGCUUCCCAGCCAAGCAUUUUGCUCGAGACAAAAGCAACUGCUGUGGCAGAAGGUGACCGAGCAGACUGUCCUCUGGAUCUUCCAGACUCCCCAGUAGGCAGGCCUACUGAUAGAGUGUCUCUGGAGAUACCAGCUGCCAAAUCAAAAGAGAAAAUGGACAAGAAGAAGGAAAUGMUGAAGCCUCCCUAUGCCAAAAUCAGGAGAGCAAGUGGGAGGCUGGCUGGCAGGAAAGUAUUUGUGGAAAUCCCUAAGAAGAAAUAUACCAGGCGACUGAGAGAGCAGCAGAAGAAUGCAGAGGUUACUGUGGAAGAAAACAGAUACUCACAAGAGCAGAGCACAUGUGAUGCAGAGAGGGAGGAAGAGCAAGUGGAGAACAACAUUAAACCAGAAAGUGAAGAAUGCGAUGGCAACUUUGAAUUGGAGGAAAACCUGCAAAAGUCUGAGGAGGAUAAAAAAAAACGAGGCAGCAACUUCAAGUGCAGCACCUGUGAGAAGGAGUUCCUAUACGAGAAAAGUUUUCUCAAGCAUAUAAAACACAGCCAUGGCAUUGCAGCCGAAAUCAUUUACCGGUGCGAAACCUGCAGCCAAACCUUUGCCAACCGGUGCAACUUAAAAAGCCAUCAGCGCCAUGUCCACAGCAGCGAGCGCCACUUCCCUUGUGAGCUCUGCGGUAAGAAGUUCAAGAGGAAGAAGGACGUCAAGAGGCACAUUCUCCAGGUUCAUGAGGGUGGUGGGGAGCGUCAUCAGUGCCAACAGUGUGGAAAGGGGUUGAGCUCCAAAACUGCCUUGAGGCUUCAUGAAAGGACGCACACAGGCGACAAGCCUUAUGGGUGCACAGAGUGUGAGGCUAAAUUUUCUCAGCCUUCUGCACUUAAAACACACAUGAGAAUCCAUACUGGUGAAAAACCUUUUGUCUGUGAUGAAUGUGGUGCCAGGUUUACUCAGAAUCACAUGCUUAUAUAUCACAAAAGAUGUCACACAGGGGAAAGGCCUUUUAUGUGUGAAACGUGUGGGAAGAGCUUUGCCUCCAAAGAGUACCUGAAACACCAUAACAGAAUACAUACUGGGUCCAAACCAUUCAAAUGUGAAGUUUGCUUCAGAACAUUUGCACAGAGAAAUUCACUUUACCAGCAUAUUAAAGUUCACACAGGCGAACGGCCGUAUUGCUGUGAUCAGUGUGGCAAGCAGUUCACGCAGCUCAACGCGCUGCAGCGUCACCAUCGGAUACACACYGGGGAGAAGCCCUUCAUGUGCAACGCCUGUGGGCGAACCUUCACUGACAAGUCCACCCUGCGACGACACACUUCAAUACAUGAUAAAAACACCCCAUGGAAGUCCUUUCUUGUCAUUGUGGAAGGAGCAUCUAAGAAUGAUGAAGGUCAUAAAACAGAACUUCCCGAUGAAGAAUAUGAUGUAUCACCUAAAAUACCAGAGAAGCUGCUGUCUUUCUCUGAAAAUGGCCACUAUCAAAACUUGACUGCUGUCCCAGGGAGUGUGACUGCACUGCAUGAUAGUGGUUCUGCCACAGGGACAGACUGUAAGUCAGAUGGGACUYCGGGACCCCAAGAAGCCCUUAUAGCUACCACUUUAAGUGAGCUGACAGUGCUGCAUACACAAACAGACUCUAUUCAGCCACAGCUUCAUGCUUUGGUGAAUAUGGAAUAAUUUGAUAUUUACAAAUCCAAUUUAAGCUGCGCCCUUUGUAUAGUCCUUUGACUUUGCCAGUAACCUACUGAGGGAACUAGGAGAAGCUAUAAAAGGRAAACAAGGCUAGAUGUAAAUGAUACCCACAGUAUUUUCCUGAAUUCCCUCCCAAAAUUCAGUGUGUAAAGUGCCAUCUCCUGAAGGUAGGGUAGAAUAACACCAAAUAYAAAUUGGUUUUAUCGCCUGAAAUAAGUUUAGAUCCCUAUAACAUAAUGAUGGUGGAGGACACAAAAAUCCCAGUAAGUUUAUUUCCUAGGGAAAGGAGGAGACUGGAAGUUGGCAUAGUUGAGAUCAUCUGGCCUGCACUAGCUGGUCUGCAGGAAAAGGAAACACCUACAUUAAGGCAAGUUAUAAAGAGGGUAUAAGUUUGAUUUGCAGUUGAUUUGACUGAACAUACGUACAGUCAAGAGAGAUGAUGUUGAGCUCUUGGCCUGGUAGUUUAAUCAGACCACUUGCAAUUUCCCUAGUAGCAAUUUGUACAUAAGAAAAAAAAUCUGCUAAGUUACAUUUCAGGAAGUGUUGGUUUAUCCCUGCUUUUGCCAAAGAUCCAAGCAGUGAGACAGCUCCCUCUUUGGAAAUAGGAGUGGGAGCGAGCUUUUGAGAGACUUAAAAUGCCRUGAUGAUUUAGUAGCAAAAUUGAGGCAAGUGAAAGCGAAGUGCUGUGUCUGUACAGCUGAUGGUAUUGUGCCAUUUCAGUAAACCUUGGUGCAAUUUGACACUUAAUCAGACAGUCAGAUUAAGGUUUGACACUUUAAUCAUAAAACUUGGGCAUUAGAGGCCAAAACCUGUCUUGCAAAAGUGAAUUUCAGCUUUCCUUAUAAAGCUAGAGUAACAAAAGUAGAAAGACAGCUUUUCUUGUUAAAACAUAUAUAAAGAGCUUUCUAUUGGUCCAAGUACAUCAGCAGCACUGUGUUCUUCUCCAUCACUUAAAAUCACUGUUCAGAACUGCAGGCUUGUUUUUAGAUCAGUAAUACUCUGGUGGGGAAAAGCUAAUUCCUGUUUCACUGUUGAGUUGCCUCAGAUUGCUCUGCUAGUAUAAGAGUCUCCAGGGGUGGUUUAUUGCUAGUAGGAGAUCAUAGUGCUCACGAGUAAAAAAGUAAAAAUAUGUGAAUAAU